AUGUCACAACUGCGGAAAUCGGCAUCGUUUCGUUCACGUAUCCCAAUCCGCAACAAAGACAAAGUGCGCGCAACGAGUCCAACGUUCGAAGCGUUUCUCGAGCAGCAGCAAAAAACUUCGCAAAAGAAGCCGCGAAAUCCGAGCACGAGACAAACGCAUCGCAGCAAGAGUGGCAACAAUAUUUUGGUGAAGAGACGUUAUGAGCAUCGGCAACAACAGUAUUCGUCGUCAAGCAGUUAUUCGAGUAGUGAUGAAAGUAACGAAUCUGAAGUACCGUUACAGAUGCUGCUAAAACGUUCUACAUUUAAUAAUAACAACAUCACCAAUAGUGGCAGCGGUCAUAAAAUGCCGCAACAACAAGCAAUAAGCGUUUCUACGGAUGCCAUGAGCCUCGAUGCGCUAUUGGAUUCCGUGAGUAGCGGAAGUUUUUCCGGGCCUUCGUCGCCGCAACAGAAAACUAAUACCAUGAAACUCGACACAAGCUACGAGAGUUUGAGUCAUUGUGCGCUCGAAACGUUGUACAAUAGGCGUCAUAAUGAGAAACGGACUUGCAUUUACGUGUCAAGCUCGGAUAUUAACAACAUUAGCAACGAAAAGGAAAUGGCACAAAAAUGCAGCAGCAGAUCGAAUUUAACGCAACCGCUCUCGGCCGAGAACGAAGAUGACAAAAAACAAAAAGAACUCAGCGACUGGUACUACAUCAAGACGAGUUCGAAGCCGAAAUCCUCCUACAUCAAAAAUCUCAGUCCCUACGUGCGUCGCAAAGUCCUCACAACCUCGAACAAUUUAUCGAACAGCUCGAGCAACAUUUAUCAUCACGGUUCAGCGAAAAAUUUGGAUAAUUUUGUUCCCGUGCCCGCCGUGCGGAAAAAUCUUCCUCCAAAGUCGCCCGUUAGCUAUGCCCGCAAAUGUUACAACAACAACAUGCGACAAAAACUGACGACGACGACACAAAGUGUUCUUACGGCCCGAAUUGGCGAAAUCACAUCGAGCAGCUUUGAGCAUGUCCCGCUCGCCGUACAACGUAGCUGCAAUGCAUUCACUUUUCAAUCGGAAAUUGCCCCGGAAAAGCAGUUCAGUAAUAAUUCACUGGAUGUCAAAGCAAUGCGAAUACAUCAGCAGCAGCAACAACACAACACCAUCGACGAGGCGAAAUACCGAGAUGCACGAAGGCGUCCUUUACCAAUGAUACCAAAUAUGCCUCCGCCGCCCUCGACAACGCCGCCGCCUCUCGAAACCGAGUAUUACGCUCAGCAGCAGCAACAACAGCAGGCGCAAAUCCAACAGAAGCAACAGCAACAAAACACAACGGGCACGUCAAUAUCGCAAGCGGCAACAACGACACUCUCCUCCUACAGGUCAGAAUGCGAAUUGACAGGCUCAUAUAUUUCGCUGGAAUGUCCUUCGCCUCCCGGGCCCCCUCCGCAAUCGUUGCUCGACAAUAGUCGGAAGGAUCCACAAGCAAAACUGAUAAGAUGCUUAAAGGAACUCUACACAGAACUGGCAUCGCGCGAGCCAAUCGUACCAAUUUGGGCACAACCCUGUGCGCCAGGUGUUCUCUGCCCAGCGCACAUUGAACUCGAACUGCGACUUCACUACAAAAGUCACGGCCUCAACGAAUUGCUGUCGGUAGACCAGUUGUUGCAGCCAUUACAGGUUAAAGACGGUCCAUUUCUCGAAGCGCCGCGUCGUGUUCUCAUCGAGUGUCAAGCAGCGUACAUGAAUCAGUGCAAUUUGGCGCUUCGUUUGCUUCAUUCGUGGUCAGCGCGUGUUCCGGUUUGGCCUCCGCGCGGCGAGCCUGUUGCUUUGGCGUUGUUCAUACCGAUUCACGAGAUCAAAACAACAAUUGCUAAUUACGUGAAUAAGGAAUUUUUGCAUGGAUUCAAUGGUUUUAAUGCAGCUUGGAAUACGCUUGAGUCGUUAAAAGGCAAAUUAUUGUUCGUUCUCACGGGAUAUGAUUAUUUGAGGAGUACUGUAGGGAAAAGUAAAAAAAGUAAGGUUAUACCGCAAGAUGUCACAGAUUUGUUAGAAGGGCGUCUUUUCCCCGAAGCUCGAAUCAUUCUUGUGAGUACAAGUGCAGUAUCUCAGGAUGUACUUCCCUUUAUGCAACGUCACGUAACGUACGAAGGAUUAACAUGGCCUCGAUCUGCUUCUCUACUCGGCGGGGGACAAUGGGGGGCCCCUACUCGAUUACUUGACGCCGUGCAAAAAUCCAAAUACUUACGAAAUAUUUCCCGAACACCUCUUGGUUGCUUAGCGAUUUGUCGACUUUUCGAAUCAAACAAUUGCGAUUUGCCCUCGGAUGAGAUCGAUAUCAUUGAAGGCAUUUUAAACAUUGUGGCGCCAAAUUACGCGCAAUCCAAUGUCGCCGAAUUGGGACGCCUCGCAUUGUUUUGCCUGAAAACGAAACGAUCAGCUGUUACAACGGCGGAAGUUGCAAUGUAUUGUUCCGCGCCCGAAUCGUGUGUCAGCAAUUGCCUUGAUAAGAACUCCCUCUUCGGAAAAACCGCGAAACGAAAAGGAGAGUUCUUCUGUAACCCAAUCUGCUUCGGGAUCUUUGAAUAUCUCGCCGCAACGUUCCUUGUUUCACUUUCCGGUCGUCCCGGAUUGUUGGCAGCUGAAAUCACGGGAUUGGCGACAGGCGACGAAGUUGAUGGCGACAUCUUGAAGGUACUGUCAUACGCAAUGUCAAUACUCGGAGCACGUGCUCAUACGUUGCUGAGUAAAUUGACGCCGCUUUGGUUGAGUCCACAGACGAUUUUCAGUCUCGCUGUAGCUGGAGGCGAUAAUCCAUCGAACCUGAAUGCCUUAUGUGAUGUUUUGGGAAUUUGCAAGGCGCCGCCUGUUUGCCCGCUUGAAUCGAAACCGCUUUGGGUGCAAGUUAAGUCGAAUCCCAUUGAGCUACAAGGAUGGGGAAUGGCUUUGAAGAGUCCGAGUUGCAUGUUGAAGAAUUUAGAACUCAUGUAUCAAAUUGAGAAGAAUAUGUUACACGAAUCUCGAAGCACAAUGAACAUCUUUUUGGAUGCCCUGCACAAAAAUGAGUCUGUAACAACUUUACGAAUUUCGUCACUGAUCGAAAAUGACGUUCGCGACACAGAAAUCAACCAUCUUGCGGAUUGUGUGGGAAAAGCGAUUCUUAAACCACGAUUGGAGCAUCUUGAGUUAAUCCUGACGAUGCUUGAAGAGGAUCCUCCUGUCUUGAAAUUACAACCUGUAGUCAACGCCCUCUGUCGUUCACUUCAACUCGACAGAAAUUGUAAACUGACAUCUUUGAUGCUCGAUUUGGGGCUUUGUACAUCGCAAUUGGUUCAAAUUUGCGGUACUUUGGAGAAAUGUUCUCGCAUCUCAGUUUUAUCUUUGCCCCAUUUAAGGCUUGAACGCGGAGCUGUGAGUGCUUUAGCGUCACUUUUCUCUGUGCGACAACUUUCGUAUCUCGCAUUGCCCUCAUGUUGGGGCGGCAGAGAAGAUCCGAGUUCAAGUUCAGGCGUUAGUUCGGGCAGCGGAAGUUCAGGAUUGUUGAAGCAAGGAACACUGCCGGGUAAUGCGCCUUCGCCGAGAAUGGCUUAUCCUCCCUUUGGACUCUUUUCGUCACUGCCACGAGGCGCAUUGAUGCCCAAUAACACUCUCGGAAGAUCUUCAACGCUUCCGCGACAACAACUUGAAGCUACAAAGAACUCUCAAGACUCUGUGAUUUCCCGAAAUUGUUGGUAUCCAACGCCCGGAUGCGAUGGAACUCACAACGCGGGAACAAUGCACGAGCUACUCUUAGCAGCGAGAAAUCCCGCGUCGCAUUUGCAUGGUUUGGAUUUGAGCAAGUCUCAACUUUCGCUGGAAGACAGUAUGUGUUUGGGAGAAACAGUUCGCGUAUCGACGACACUUCACUCGAUAAAGCUUGAAGGAGCUUCGAGAUUAACAGAAGUCCUUCCGAUUGUUUUGGGCGCUGGAGAAUCAAAUUGUCUUCAAAUGCUGAGCUUGGCAAGUCCUAAAAUCAUUCUCGAAGAUACAGCAGUUGCCAUGACAGCUCGAGCUUUGAGCAGUUGUAUCAGUUGUCGAUUACUCGAUUUGACAGGAUGGACUUUUAAAAUUGAGAAUAUUGCGACGCUCGCGAGUUUGAGAAGCUUUUUGUCGUUGACAACUGUCAGAGAAUUGAGUUUGUCAAAUUGUAAAUUGAACCUUGCGGUAUUUAAUAGUACAGCGGCGAUGAGACAACAUGCUUAUAGUUGCUCGUCAGUUGUUGUUUUGAAGGCACAAGGAGCACAAGUUAUCUUCAGCGAUAAUGUGAGUGUUCGUGGUCCCCAGCUCCUGCCCUACUUGAAGGGAUUUCACAACUUACGUGAACUAGACAUAUCCGCACCAUUACGCUCGAGUUUGGGUAGCUCCUCAUGCAGUCCAUUAAUUUUGGAGGACAAAGACGUAAUAAAUUUCUUCCAUCAGCUAAAUCUGAAUUUCGGCACAUUAAACACUUUGAUACAGAAAAACUGGAUAAUUCAUUUGGAUGACAAAGUACGAACAUUAAAAAAUCUGUCAAAAGUUUUGAAGACAAGCACGAUAAGUCAUCUCAAGUUGGAUGGCAUUUCGGUGAUGGAUCGCCCGAAGAAGCAACGCAUCGAAUCGCAACUUAUCGCGACAAUUCUCAGCUCCAUGCCGGCUUUGCGAUGGCUCGGCAUCAGUUUGGCGGGCAUGAAUGAAGAGCAAAUUGGGACAAUUGGCGCUGCUAUUCGCGAAAUUCGGGGAAACGAAAUCGAUAUUCGACUGAUUGAAUCGAAUAUUGAGCACGCUAAACUAAUUACGCAGUGCUUUGUCGACGGCAAAUUCGAUAUUCGUGUCUCGACGUUCGGCACGUCGUUGAGCGGCAUUCUUAUACACGCGGAACGCUGUCUGAAUCGCAGAUAAUUUUGUGCUUAAUGAGGUAAUGACGUUGAUUAAGUAUUUAUUUGAUAUGAAAUAAUAAUGGAGAUUGUUGUUGUUGUUAAUAAUAUUAUAUGAAAAAAAUAUAUUUUUUUAAAUCAAUUAAAUAUGUAGACAAUUAAAUUAAUUUAUUUUUUAAUUAAAUCUG